AGCGAUGGUUAGGACAGGCGACAGGAGGAAAGGGCAGGCCCUUGGAGGUCUCUUGGCAACCAUCGAGCAAACUAGGCGGGCCCUCCGCCUCGCCGACGCCCUAAUGCAGAAUACUACAGCUUUUACAACCUUCCAGGAUCAAUACUAUCUCCAAUUACUAUCGCCCUACCUGAUCCACUUCUCUGCGGCAUUAAGGUUUUCUUUACAUCAUGGCCAAGCGAAGCUAGUUAUAAACCUUCUUAAUAUUGGCUAAUAAACUAAUCUGGCUCAUAGAAUUUCCAAACUUGAUAGAUUUUUUUCUUAAAUAAUGAAAUAUCACAAUAUAUUCAACAAGAUAUGUUUUUAAUCCAAAAGCUGCGUUACAACGAAAUAGAAAUUUGUGCUUUUUACCAGAGAAAUAAGUCGUUUUUAGUGGACGUUCAAUAAAAAAAUAUCACGUUCUAAAAUCGCUGACAUCCACUCUCAAAUCUCUCAAAAUAAAAAAUUAAAUUAUUUUUCAAUAAGUAUAUUUAUAAGACGAAUGUAAGUAAUCAUCGAUUGUAUUAAC